AUGUCCUCUUCGAAUACGCAGCAAAAUGACAACCAAACAAGCGAGCAUUUUUUUCCACAGCAUGAUAUACCAGCAGAAGGUCGAGAUCCUAUCAUGCAAGAUGACCAUUUUUCACUACGCUUUGGCAAUCCAAUUCAAGUGAUACAUGAUUUCAAAACGCAUAAAGCUGACACUUUUGAACCGACUAAAGAGCAUGUUCCUGGAGCCUUGGCCGAUGCUAUUGGAAAUGCUUUAUCCAAGCAGCAGCAGCAACAACAACAACAACAACAACAACGACAAGGUCAUCAGCUCCACCAUCAUCAUCAUUUAAACGAACAAAACGGUGUUUCAUCCCAAGGGAGCUCACCAGCAUUAUCAAGAUCCAAUUCUGGAUUCUUACGUGACCCUAUACUUUGUGCGGAUUUCUACCACACAAAGUCAGGCGCCGUAUCUGAAAAAGAGCACGAAGAGCAGCAUUAA